AUGUCGGAGAUGCUCGCGGCCCUGCGGAGCUUCAACGAGGAGCCGGCGGAGGCGAGGCGCCCCUACUACUCGAGGGACGGGCAGAGCCGCGUGAGGUACCACAGCAACUUCGACCUGUUCCGGUCGCCGGCGGCCAUCUGGCGAGACACGCUGUACCUGGACAUGGCGCCGACGGGGCCGUCGCCCGAGGAGAUCCCGCCGGCGUGCAGAGGCAUCGCGGUGGAGUUCACGAGGGAGGUGCAGAGGCUCGGCGGCACGCUUUUCGAGCUGCUGUCGGAGGCCCUGGGCCUCCACCGUGGGUUCCUGGAGCAGCACGAAGCCGGCUGCCUUGAGGGGCUGAGCGUCGUCGGCCACUACUACCCGGCGUCGCCGCAGCCGCAGCUCACCAUGGGCACGUCCAGGCACACCGACCCGUCUUUCCUGACGGUGCUCCUCCAGGAUAGCGUUGGCGGCCUCCAGGUGCUCCACCGGCUCCGGCGGGAUGAUCAGCCGGUCUGGGUCGACGUGCCCGCCGAGCCCGGCGCGUUCACCGUCAACGUCGGCGACUUCCUUCAGCUGCUCUCCAACGACAGGUUCAGGAGCGUGGAGCACCGUGUCCUCUCCAAGAGCGUGGGGCCUCGAGUCUCCGUGGCCUGCUUUUUCCGGCCGCAUGGCGCGGCAGCAGCUGCCAGGGUGUGCGCCCCCAUCCUCAUCGGCGACGGCGCCGCGAGUCCUCCGCGGUACAGGAGCGCCACAGUGGAGGAUUUGAUCGUCCACUACAGGGACAAGGCUCUCGAUGGCACCUCCAUGCUUGACCACUACAGGAUCUGA